CAGAACUCCGCCGCCUGGGCCACCAUGCCUGGUGGAUCUAGAAGGUCGAUUGCAAUCCUUAUCGUGUCCACCACUUCUUCCGACUGUCAGACCCUUCACCACCUCCCGUCAUCCUCGUCAUGGCUUCACUCUCCACUACAGUCAUCGGUCGCAGAAGUGGUGCUGCCCUCAGUGGUCCCCUCAUGCGGGGGUCUACCCCAGUGCUAGCGGCCCGUUUCCUCGCACCAGCACUCGCCGCCUCAUCUUCCGGUUCUGUUCGAGGCAUCUCUUCCUCAUCGUCUAGCAAGAGGGCCCUCGCCUUUGACCCCAAUGAUCUCGAUACACCAGGCGCACGAUCAGUGGCUCCUGCUCCUUCCCCCGAUGGUACCACUCGUCACAACUGGACCCGGGAGGAAGUUGCUGAGAUCUACAACUCCCCACUGCUCGAGCUCGUCUUCAGAUCCGCUACUGUCCACCGCACACUCCACCCAAAGAACUCUAUCCAGCUCUGUACACUGAUGAAUAUCAAAGAGGGAGGAUGCUCCGAAGACUGUGGCUACUGCUCUCAGUCCAGCAAGUACACCACCCCCUCCACUGCCUCGAAGCUGAGCGAUGUCGAAGAGGUGCUCGUCGAGGCCCGCAAAGCCAAAGCCAAUGGCUCGACUCGUUUCUGCAUGGGAGCUGCUUGGAGAGAGGUGGGUGGUAGGAAGCGAGGCUUCGACAGGAUCCUCACAAUGGUGUCCGAGAUCCGUGGCAUGGGCAUGGAAGUCUGCACAACCUUGGGUAUGCUCACUCCAGAGCAGGCCAUUCAGCUUAAGCACGCCGGUCUGACCGCAUACAACCACAAUCUGGAUACUAGCCGAGAGUACUACGGCAAGGUCGUCACUUCGAGGUCGUACGAUGACCGCAUCUCUACCAUUGGAAAUGUGCGAGAUGCCGGCAUCUCCGUCUGCUCGGGCGGUAUCCUUGGUCUGGGCGAACAGGCAGACGACCGAGUCGGGCUCAUUUGGGAAAUGUCACGCCUUCCUGAGCACCCAGAGUCAUUCCCUGUCAACGCUCUCGUGGCUAUCCCGGGAACGCCCAUGGAGAACAACAAGCCCGUCGGCUUCCCUACGAUGCUGAGGACCGUUGCAACUGCUCGAAUCGUUCUCUGCAAAUCGAUCAUCCGGCUUGCAGCAGGCAGGCACAUCUUCUCGGAGGGCGAGCAGGCCAUGGCUUUUCUCGCUGGAGCCAACGCCAUCUUCACUGGUGAGAGGAUGUUGACCACUCCAACGAGCAGCUGGGACCAGGACAAGGGCAUGCUGGAGAGGUGGGGACUGAGGCCGAUGGCAUCAUUCGAGGAGGACACAAUGCAGGCGCAUGGGGCAGCUGGUGAAGCCGGCAGUGCAGGGAAAGACAAGAGCAGUGAUUUGACAGCAGCAGUAGCUCAGGCUUGAGCAAGGGUCACGUUCUCUACAGCUGUCACACGAACAUUGUGUAACCUUGUCGCGGAUAGCAGAUAGAACCAUUUCAUUCCCUCUUUCCGUCCUGGCCUCAUCCCUCCUUCAGUCAAGAGCGCUGUCUGUAUGUGCGUGUCGGGGCAAUUGGACGUGUGACUCCAC